GGGUAACUGGGCCUGGCGCCAUGGCCGCCGGUGCGGCUGUGGCGGUGGUGCGGCGGCGACAGCAGGAGCAGCAACGAAAGGACAGCUACCAAGCAACACAGUUGCAGCAGCAGCUGGAAAAUGCUCCAAUGCUUCUGGUGACCGUGCAGGUGCGGCAUGGCGCGCUCUCCAGCGAGUUGAAGAGCAGCAGCCUGCAGGUGCAGCUGCAUUCGGGCAAGACCUGCCUCCUUUCCACCAAGGCCUCUGAGCCUUUGCAGCCCCGCUGGUAUCGAAGCUUCCGCGGCGUCAAUGGGGCCAGUCCGCUGUUCGCGAGCCCUGAUGGAGAAGGUCUUAGGAUUGAUUUCGAUGCCAUAGUCCAGUAUCCCUACACCGGGCAGAAGGAGCUGGUUUUCGAUCUGCUGGAACGACGGCUGUUGUGGCUUCCCAAGGUGGUUGGCCGGGGCGUGCUCCACUUUUCAGAGCUCUCACAAGACCUGGGGCCUUUGACGCGUUGUUCAGAGCCGGUCCUGCGGGAGGUCUACUUGUACACAGCAUCCAAGGAGUUGGUUGGAGUCCUAGGCCUGGAGCUGCGCUUCGAAACCACCACGGUGCAGGGCGCGGCGCAGCGCGGGCUCUUGUCUAACGCUCUCAAUGAGAUGGCGUCCUGAGAGAAAUCCUGUGGGUUUUGAAGGUCCCAGAACUUGGC